AUGGACCCACAUUUUGCAGAAGACAAAAGACUGAUAGCAGCAAGUAUCAGAAGAACUAAAGGGGAGAAAAAACUGCUUCGAAGGCAGAUUAAAGCCAGUCACACAUUAUUGAAACACGACGGCAUAAGCACAGUGUCACAUUCCACAAAGCAUCUGGUGGUCUCUAAUGGAGGUUUGGGGAAUGGAGUGAGCCGAGAGUCGCUGCUGCAGGUUCUUAAAGAGGGAGGUACUGUUGAGUCUCUCCUCACCCCUCCAGUGAAACCAUAUGCAUUUGUAACAUAUUCUUCAACUGAGGCAGGCCAGAAUACAUAUACACUCCUCAAUGGACGAGCGCUGCAGUGUCACGAUCAAAGUGUGACACUUCAUUUGAGUUAUGUUGAGAAAGUGGACAGUGACGGGAGUGUAUCCUGUGCUUUGCCUCCUGGUCUGUCAGUGUUGGAGGAUUUUGUGUGUCCAGAGGAGCUGCAGCUGCUACAGGCUGCUGAUUGGACGGCACAUACUGAUGAAGUCACGGUGCAGAAAGCUUUAAAACACAGAAGAGUGAAGCAUUAUGGGUAUGAGUUUCGGUACGAUAAUAAUAACGUAGAUAAAGACAAGCCCUUACCAGGUGGCCUGCCGGUGGAAUGUGAUGCUCUGCUACAAAGGUGUUUGGCUGAUGGCCACAUAAGUGUCCUUCCAGACCAGCUCACUGUAAACCAAUACCAAAGUGGACAAGGGAUUCCCCCUCAUACAGACACACACUCUGCAUUUGAGGACACCAUCCUUUCCUUGAGUCUCGGAGCAAAGACAGUAAUGGACUUUAAACAUCCUGAUGGACGUUCUGUCGCUGUGGUGGUGCUGCCAGAGCGAAGUCUGCUGGUGAUGAAAGGAGAGGGCUGUUAUCAGUGGACUCACGGCAUAACACCUCGGAAAUGUGAUGUAGUACCAGUGUUGGAGGCUGGAGGGUCAGGGGUCAUGACCUCUGACUUAAGUAAUCUGACCCUGAGCCGCUGUGGUACCAGGACAUCUCUGACAUUCCGCAAAAUCAGACAUGCACCCUGCAAAUGUGCCUAUCCAUCUGUAUGUGAUAGCCAGCAGCCGCCUUCUCUACCAACUGUGCCUGUUGCUGAAGGCGAUGCUUGUCGUUUGGAGGCGCAGUUUGUUCAUCAGGUCUAUGAAGAGAUUUCCUCUCACUUCAGCAGCACACGACACUCACCGUGGCCCCGGGUGCGAGAUUUCCUACUGUCCCUGCCGCCUGGUAGUACUCUGGCAGACAUCGGAUGCGGUAAUGGCAAAUACCUGGGGAUCAGCCCUGAAGUGAUGUCUGUGGGCUGUGACCGCAGUGCUAAUCUGGUGCAGAUCUGCAUUGAGCGGGGUUAUGAGGCAUUCGUGUCAGGUGCUCUUUCUGUCCCCCUGCGCAGUGGCAGCUGUGAUGCCUGCAUUGGGCCCGUAUUCAUGAAAAUUCUUAGUGCAAAGAGUUGCUCCUAGUUACGAAAUUCUAAGAAAUUUUUAGAAAAGUGGGCAUUUCCCCUUAAAAUCAAAGAGAAGACCCUAGAAAAAAUAAAAGUUUUUUUCAGCAUCCUAAUCCUUAAAAGAGCUGUUGAGGUCAAAAAGUGUUAGGAGUAGGGAGGAAGACUUCUAAGAGGCUUACAAGUUUCUUUAUUCUAUAGCAGAGGAGAAACUAGCCAAAAGAUGCAGAGGGUGAACAGUGACUUAAUAA